GGUGGUGCACGCGUAGCUGCUGCUGUAAACGACGUGCACACACGUGCACACGACAGUCCCGUGGUAGAAUUAUGGUGGAAACCGCUGCGAGGAGUAGCGUAUUCGGUGCACCGCUCGUGACAGCCACGCUGACGUUGACGCUGUUGUCGCUCGUCGAUCAAGUAAGAACAGAGCACAAGAGCGCAUCCGAUCCGAUCGCGUCCGCGUUGCCUCCUGUCAUCUAGGAUAACAAUGUAAUCUCGCGCGAAGGGAAAAAGAGAAGGUGACACAUGCGUUUCGCACCCUCGUCCGUACAGCCCCUAUUCGCGUUCGGCUCCUCGCGCUGUCGAUCAAUACAAGUCCGUAUGUCGCUGUGCUUGCCAUUCAUGCCUGCUCUCCUCCGAAAGAGUGCUGUACUCAUGGCUGUUGUUAUAGUGUCUUUACACCGGUACAUCCUCACGUUUCAGAGAUGUUCAAUUUCUUGAUUUGGACUUAUUGGUACCUGUGGGCAGCAGUGCUCGCAGUCUUGGCCAUAGCCGCAAUAUGCGGCUUCUGGCUAUGGAAACGUCGUCGUGCGGCUCUGUCGGAAGAUUCCGUCUCCUCGGAAAGAACCUCCUCAGGACCGUGGUAUCCACCUCCUCAUUACAGCCGAUGUAGUUCUUUCGUCCAGGCGUUACCACCGCCGUACAACGAGGUGACUGCGAAACCAGACCUUUAUCCAUUGGUGAUCGGUUACGACGACACCUCGGGCAAAGGAACUUCCGGUUUUGUGAUGCGCUAUUUCAGAUCACUGUCUCAUGCGAGCACGUUGGAUUCGUUGAGCUCCAGUUUUAUGUGUAACGUGGUGAACGAAGCGAACACUAUUAUUCCACCGCCGUACUCCUGCAACAACAGCGUUGACGAAUUAUCAGCGGCGGAGUGCGAGAGAAGAGAGACCGGAGACGUUGGCUCGGUCGUCUCGCUGACAAAUCACAGAACAACCUCUGACAUAUCAAGCCUAGCUGCUCAAUCGCCUUGUUCUCCGCCGAGGGCUACCAGCCCGACAAUAGAGUUGCGGGAAUUGUUGGACAAGAUACAGCAACUUCCUCAUUUGUCUAACGGACAUGCUACCGCCGUGCAUUGCCAGCAAAAUUGCCAGACCCCGAUCUUAUACGUAACCAACAGCGAUGGUACUACGCAACAACGGCCUCUAAGUCCUAGCGAUGUCGGCUCGUAUAAAGUAAGGAGAACCCGUGGCAAGUUGUACAUGCCGUUGGGAUUGCCGAGUUCGCGGAGCAAAACCAAGCGAUGGUUGUCGCGCUCCGCGCCAACGACGCCCUCGGGAACGAUACCAAUGUCAUUCUUGCCGGGGCAGAGCAGAAGGCCUUCGGAGACCGACAACAACCAGCAGGCGGUGCCGCUGCUUUAUGAACAAGACGAGAACGAGAAUAACGCGGAUCCGUCUUCGUCGGGCGUUUCUCUACUUGCUGAACAAGAGGAGAAUCAACAGGCAACAUGACACGUGGUCUAAAUUAUUCGUGCCACUAACGAUCGACAUUGCCAGGAUCUAAUGCAAGGAUUGUCGAUAUCCACACAUACACAGACACACAUACACACAUGAUCUAAAUAUUUUUUAAUAUGGCUCCUGUAUUAAAACUCGUCAUGUAUACUUUAUCAUAGAGUUACGCACAUUCCAGAUGUAUACGUAGAUACUCGCGCAUGAAGAUUGUUCUUUAAAAAACUUGAAUUAUAUUUCUAUUUUAUUAAUUUAAUAUCGUAUAAUCGAGGUUAUUUAUUUUUUAAUUUUGUGCGCUUAAUUUUGUAUGCAUAAUAUAUAUUUUGAAGUCAAAUACUAUUCAGGCAUAGUUGUAAGUCAUGAUGCACACAAAUAUGUGAACAUAAUAUAUACAUUUUGAAUAUAUCGAAUGUAAUUUAUGCGAUAAAGCGUACAUGACGCAUACUAAUGAAAUACGAUAAGAUAUAAUAUAGAUCUCCUCUAUUCUAGAUUAUUCUCUAUUCUCUCUAUUUUGAAACAACUAUCUUCUUUAAACUAGUUUCUAAUUCUCUUUUUGUGCUGUAUUACACGUUUGUCGCACGAUCAUGUAAUCAUACAUAGAGUGAGAAAGCGAAAGACAAAGUGCACAAUGAUGUUUUCAUUCUGUGUGUUAUUAGAAAAGAAUGGAUAUUGAAAAAAAUCCAGAAUAGAGAAAUAGUUCGGUAUUUCUAAAAUAGAUGAGAUCUACAGUAUUGUCACUAAUGUGCCGCCUACUUUUUCAAACCAAAAUCUUCAAAAAAAUUUGCAGGUAUUUUAGAGCCGUUUUUGGCGAAAUGAGUUAAGGCCUUAUCCGCAAGCGCAGUUUUAGAAGUCGAUAUUCUGGAAUUAAGAUCAUUUAUAAUCUUAGACAUAAAAAUAGAAUACUGCGACAAACGAAAAUGCUAUUUGCUCUUCUGAAGGAUAUAAAAGAGACGAAUCUUUAAGACUCCUUUUAACUUUGAAGUCUCCAGCUUCAUUUUCUUUCAAUAGACAUCUCCAAUUCGCGAUGAUAUUACGAGCGAUAUCACAUUUUCUACGCGAAACAAUGACAUUGUUACGUAUCCAAUUAUAUCAGGACGGAAGAAUGGAAGACUUAUCGUUUUUCCGCGAUUGUAUUAGUUCAUGACGCGUAAAUUAGCGAAACAAUACAAGCCGAUUUGUGUCGGAACAGUACAAUGGCAGCCAAAAAAGAACGUCUCGCGCUCUACUUACGAAACUAUACAAGUUAAACGAAUAAUAAUUUUAAUCUUUAUCUCUUAAGAUAUCAAAUGAACGCAUUCGAUACAUCGAAAUUUAUUCAUGAAUGGAAUAGAUUACGAAAGUUUCGACAACCGUCUGGUUAAUAUAAGAACACGAAAUUUUUAUUAUCGUAUACUUAUAAGUUUUAUCGAUAUAAUAAUACGUAAAAAAUUAUCCAUCCAAAUAAACCGGAUCAGAAGAGAAAAAGUUCGGACAAUAUCGCGUAAUAGCGUAGAAAUAUUGUAAGCGACGCGACGGUUGAACAUAUGGGACACACGAGCCAAUGUACAAUGCAGAUUCCGUCAACAAAUAACAAGCUCCGUUACAGAGACUACAGAGGCUAGACUAGUAGACAAACACAUAAAUUUAUAGCAUAUAUAUAUAUAUAUAUGCUACAAAUUUAUGUACUUAUUAAUUUUAAUUUAAUUUAUAAGCAUAUAUAUAUAUAAAGUAUAUAUAAAGAGAUUUAUAUUUAAUUUUGAAGAUUCAUACGAGAAAUAAUAUCGGAAUAACAAAAUAUCACACGCAAACCCUAGUAACAGUAAAAAAGAUACUGGACUGAAGUAUAGUUUACGCGACAUUUACAAUUAAUUGAAUUUAGAUUUCACAUCAUAUAGAGCGAUCUACGUAUUAUGUUAUUGCGCACAAUUACUAUUUCCGGAUAUUCUGAAUUCUUAACAUCUUAUGAUUUGUUUCUCGCGACCUGAUAUCUGUACGUUGAAUGUUAUUUACAUAUUCGCGUGUGUGAAUAUAAAUAUAUUCAAUAUACGUACAAUAUAUAAAUAAAUCUUUCCAAGAUUUUAAUUAGUCGGAAAAUUUGAGCUCUAUUUAUAGUUUCGUAAAUAUGGCGAUUUGUCGCUCAAUUAUAAUUGUUUAUUUUAUAUUGUUUGUUCAUGUAUUAAUUUUGCAACGCGAAUUAAAUAGCGAUAUCACUUUCUUUUUGUCUCUGCUUGGCUUUUGUUAAGAUAUUAUUAUACGCCUUGUUUUAUUCUAAGAGAGAAACAUGAUAACAUCCGAUAUGUGCGCUCUGUAAACUAUACUUAUUCCCUAAGAAAGAUUCCGUACACAUGCAAGACACUAAUAAUCGUAUAUAGAAGUUGUUGAAAAAUAUUCUUAAUAUAAUAUAAUAAUAGAUUUUAAUUCUAAGAUAUGUAAAAGCAGUCAUAUAUAUAUAUACUUCAAUCGUAUUACAUACAUUGUUCACGUACACAUCAUGCCAUUGACAUGUAUUUUUUUAUAAAGCCAGAUAAAUAAAAUCAAGCUUUUA